AUGCUCCGUAGCCACAGUCCUAGUCCACUUCCCAGUCGGUGUCUUCGCAAUCGUAGUCGUAGUGCAUCGCCGCAUCAUUGCCGCCACCUCAAUCCCUUGCCACCUCGCGAUCACCCUCCUCGUCGCUCACGCUCGCGCAGCUCAAACCGAUUACGCCAUCGUGCGCGCAGUAGACGGCGAGAGAUGCCAAGCAAGAAGAUCCGGAUCCCCGAUAAUUGGGUUGAUGUGGCGAAAAUGGGUACUAUUGUGGGAAACUCUCGUUUUGUUCCGCUUCGUGUCCCGUUAGACGCCAAAUAUCUGCCCCAGUUCUCCCACCAAAAAGAAGAAAUCUGGACUCCACAGGACUUUAUAGAACUACAGAUGACCCAAAACCUUGACGUGAAGAUGAUCAUCGAUCUCACUAACACUUUUAAAUAUUACGAUGGUGGACAAGAGUUUAAGGAGACUGGAGUGGAAUACGUCAAGCUCAAGAUUGAAGGAUUCAGUAGACCGCCAGACGUUCGUGAUGUGGCUAAGUUUGUGGUCAUUGUCGAUGAUUUCAUAGCUAGAAAGCCAGAUGGAAUUAUUGCUGUUCACUGCACUCAUGGACUUAAUCGAACGGGCUAUCUCAUUGUCACGUAUAUGGUCAAAAGGCUGGGCUAUACGGUAACGGGGGCCUUGGAAGCAUUCAAGGAGGCUCGACCACCAGGACUUAUCAAGCACAUGUACGUCAAGGAUCUUUACCAAACACUUGGAGAAGGAGAAGAAAUAAUACUCCCGACACUGCCGGACUGGGCGGGAUCAAAGUACGGCGAUAGGGAAGUAAGGAAACCGGAUGGCUAUGGUGAUGUCUGUAAGAAUCUAAGUACACACGGCAAUCACCUAAGAUUCGAAGAGUAG